AUGGAAGAAGAAGGGAUAUCAAAAUUGCCAGAAGAAAUUAUACAACACAUACUUUGCAAUUUCCUCUCAGCUAAAGAAGCAGCCCAAGCAAGAUUAUUGUCUAAGGCAUGGUUGACUGGAUGGCAAACAUGUCCAGUUCUAACUUUCGAGCAACCUUACUUCGAAAGAGAGUUUGUAACUCCUGAUGAACGAAAACGUAAACAACAUAUGUUCCGGGUUUUUGUGGACAAGGUUUUGCUAAAUUACCAGGAAAAGAAGAUUGGGAUACAUACAUUCAAGCUUCGGAUGAGGCUUGGGUAUGACUCAUCUGACAAUGAAUCUGUGAAUGAAUGGAUGAAAGUUGCUGCUGGAAAUGGCCUGAAAAAGCUUCAUCUCUCUGUUGUGUUUUCUUCGUACAUAUUGCCUCCGACAAUUCUUGAGACAAAGUCCCUUGAAGAUUUGUUUCUGCAAGGGUGCAUCUUUGAGCACCAACUUAGAGGAGGUGUAAUGUGUAGCAACCUUCGGGCGACUGGUUCUCAAUUAAGAACGAUUCAGCUGAACAAUCUUGCAAAACUCAAAGAAUUGUCUGUCUACUAUAAUCAAGAGCAGAGUGUUGAAUUGAUGACUAAGUUGCCACACGUUGAGGAUUUAAAGAUUACUUCUUGUGAUCUAUUAAACACUGUCAAAAUUUCUAGCGAGUCUCUGAAACUCAUUCAGUUGAAGUUUAACAAAAAAUUGGAGGAGUUGCAGGUUGAUGCUCCAAAUAUUGUUCGUUUUGCAUGUAUGGGCGCCAGCAUCCCCCGUGUAGGUUUACUGCUUCCUCAAUUCACAGAUUUUGUCUACUAUCUACUGUUGGAGAGAUCGAUUCAUUGGCGAGAAAUUAAGUUUUGGUACAACCAUCUAAAGGAUGUCAAAGUUGUGAUCAUGAAGAGGACUGGAACAAAGUGGCAACCUGAGAUUUUUGGUUGGAAGUCUUUAUUGGACGUAGAACCCAACAAUAGUAGUGGUGUUCAAAGAGCAAUUAGCUUCAAUUUAGAAUGGUGA